GCGGCACGGGGGAGCUGUCCUCGCGCGGAGGGUGCUGCUGCUGAAACAAGAUGGCUGUGCGCGCAGGAGCAGCAGCAGAGCAGACCUGAAGCAAUGCAGAGGAGGGAGAAAAGGGGGGCGAGGAAUCCACUCCUGUGUGUCUUGUCCUGCCAGAAGAGCAACAUCUCCGCAGAGAAACAGACGAGCGCUUCUGACAUGAUGCCGACUGGUUUCCGGUACCUUUUACGGUAACGGUUUGGCGGUUUGAGUUUUUUUUUUGUAACCAAGAGACAACCGGACUUGACCAAACAAAUCACGGAGCUCUCAGCAGAGGACAGCCGGGGACGCUCCCGCCGAUAUCAGAGAUGUCCCUGCUAUGUGUGGGAGUGAAGAAAGCCAAGCUGGACGGACCCCAAGAGAAAUUCAACACUUAUGUGACUCUAAAAGUACAAAAUGUGAAGAGCACAACCAUUGCUGUCAGGGGCAACCUGCCCAGCUGGGAGCAAGACUUCAUGUUCGAAAUAAACCGCUUGGACCUGGGUCUGACGGUAGAGGUGUGGAACAAAGGGCUGAUCUGGGACACCAUGGUGGGCACUGUGUGGAUCCCCCUCCGGGGCAUCCGGCAGUCCAAUGAGGAGGGCCCGGGGGAGUGGCUCACGCUGGACUCUCAGGUCAUCAUGACUGAUAAUGAGAUCUCCGGCACCAAAGAGCCCACUCUCCACCUGGUGCUGCUCGACACACGCUUUGAGCUGCCUCUCGAUAUCCCUGAGGAUGAGGCACGAUACUGGACAAAAAAACUGGAGCAGAUCAAUGCCAUGAGGGACCAAGAUGAGGAGCAGGAGCGGCCUCUUCGUGCACCAGGAACCCAGUGCUGUAACUGGAGCCUGUGGGGAGAGCAACAAAAUGAAGACCCAGACAGCGCUGUGGAUGACAGGGACAGCGACUAUCGCAGUGAGACCAGUAACAGCAUCCCCCCCCCCUACUACAGCACAUCGCAGCCCAACGCCUCCGUCCACCAGUAUCCCAUCAACCAACAGCACAGCAGCACCAGAAGCCUCUCGUACCCGCGCUCUGGUAACGGCCAGGAGCUCGAGUACCCGCACCAGAGGACUGUCAGCUUUCUGCAGGCCUCUCUUUGA